AUGGAUCCGCCGCCGGCACCGCUCCGGUGGCGCACGACCGCCAUCCCAUUUCUCGUGGCGGUCCUCCUUCUAUCGACUGUCUCCCCUUCGCGCGCAAUCUACUGCGACGAAGAUGAUUGCUAUGAUUUGCUUGGGGUUUCUCAAAGUGCCAAUGCUUCCGAAAUCAAGAAAGCUUACUACAAACUAUCUUUGAAGUAUCAUCCAGAUAAGAACCCUGAUCCAGAAUCGCGAAAGCUGUUUGUUAAAAUCGCCAAUGCUUAUGAGAUUUUAAAGGAUGAGGCCACGCGCGAACAAUAUGAUUAUGCAAUUGCACAUCCGGAGGAGGUGUUUUAUAAUACUGCGCGCUACUAUCGGGCAUACUAUGGUCACAAGACGGAUCCUCGUGCUGUGUUGGUUGGCCUUCUUAUUAUUCUUUCAGGUUUUCAGUAUCUAAAUCAAUCAACAAGGUAUAAUCAGGCUGUAGCCAUGGUCAAGAAGACACCUGCAUAUAAAAAUAAACUAAGGGCUUUGGAACUUGAACGCAGUGGAGGGAUUACAAACAAGAAGAAGAGUCAGAAGAAUUCGAUCAAGAAAGUGGAGAAAGACCUUAGCAAUGAGCUCGACCUGCAGAUAACUGGAGCUGAAAGGCCCUCUGUGUGGAAACUUCUCGGUGUCCGCUUUGUUCUAUUACCUUAUACCUUGGGCAAGCUGCUGUUGUGGUCUUCCUGCUGGUUUUGGAGAUACAAAGUGAAAAAGCACCCUUUUUCUUGGGAGGAUGCUUCUUAUCUGACACAAAGAUCUCUUGGUAUUCCUCUCGAUAGAUGGAGAAAUAUAGAUGAAGCAACAAAGGAAGAUCUUGUGCUCAAACGCUUAUGGGAGAAGUCCAAUAUGGAGAGCUAUGUAGCAGAGAUGCGGAAAGAAUCAAAGCGCAGAAGAUAG